AUGGCUUACGAAAGGAUGCUCAAAGCACUGGUGGGCAUCAAAUGCGGUUCAGUGUCUAAGCAGCUGUCCGAUUGCCUCUGUGGAAUCAACAAUAAUGUUUCCCUCACAUCAGGCUGUAGUCUACCAAACACUUACACGAUCCCGAGCGUAGCUCGAUUAGAUGACGCACAAAAACGAGCCAUCCAAAUGUCAUUGGAGAAAGCAGUUUGUCUAAUCCAAGGACCACCAGGGACAGGAAAGACAACCACGUCGAUUUGCAUAAUCUAUCACUUGUAUCAACUAACUAGGGGAAAGAUCCUCGCACUGGCACCGAGUAAUACUGCUGUCGAUAAUCUGUGCGUCCGUGUGGCCAAAACAGGCUUGAACGUCGUACGAUUGAGCGCAUUAUCACGUCAGAACCUAUCCUCUGCCUUGCGCGAACUGGAGGUGCAUAUUAAAGCUCUUAACAUUUGUCCCGAGUUGGCGAGGUUACAACGAAAGAAGGAUCGUGAUGGAUCGCUAACAGAGCCAGAGAAGAAGCUUUAUCGACGGCUGAAAUUGAACACCGAAGGUAAGGCAUUGUAA